GUAGGGCUUUACCCAAAAGGGAGCCCUUCCAGAAAUUCUCGAAGGCCUAAGCCAAGCCCAGGCCUAAGAGGGGGUUUGGAAAUAGUUUUCAACCAGCAAUUGACGCGCCUCGGUUAG